UGUGAGUGCAGCACCCGGCAGAGACACAGUGGGAGCAUCGGAGGCUCCCUGACCAUCGGGGCACCCUCAGCCCCCUGUGUCCCAAACCGGAGGAUAUUUCCAAGGUUUCUGCAGGCAGAAGACCACAUCAGAGCUGGAUGGCCAUGGAUUUAGCCUUGGAGCGGCUGAAUGGCAGAGGUCCCAGCAGAAGACACAAACCCACCAUGGCACAGGAGUCCUUCAAGCGGAUCGGCAUCCCCGUCCUGGCAGGGCUGCUCUGCAUCGCCUUCCUGGUUACCAUCGGGUUCUUGGUCAAGGUUUACCUGGAUUCCCACUACUUCUUCUGCAGUCAGCCCCUGAAGCUGGUGCCACUGCAGCAGCUGUGUGACGGGCAGGCAGACUGCCUGCAUGGUGAGGAUGAAGCCAACUGUCCCCAGUGGGUCCUUGAAGGGCCACCAGCCCAUGCCCGUGUUUCCAAAGACAGAUCCAUCCUGCAGGUGCUUAACAGAAACACCAGAGCCUGGUCCUGUGUCUGCCACGACCACUUCAACCUGGAGCUGGCAAAAGCAGCCUGCCAGCAAAUGGGCUACCAGAGCACUCCCGUUUUCCAGGAGGUGGAGGUGGGUGCAGAGCAGCCCCUGCCUCCCCGUGAGGUCGUGCUGAGCAAUGGCAGCCUCCAGGUGCUGGAGCCAGGCAGGAAAUGCCUCUCUGGACGGGCUGUUUCACUCUUUUGUUCCAAAGACUGUGGGGAGAGCACCAGGACAGCUCGUGUGCUGGGGGGGAGCCCAGCUGCCAUCGAGUCCUGGCCCUGGCAGGUCAGCUUGCAGUACAAGAGGGAGCACAUCUGUGCUGGUAGCAUCAUCGACCCCAGAUGGGUCCUGACAGCAGCCCACUGCUUCAAGAACAACCCAGUGGUUCAGAGCUGGCGUGUGAAGGCGGGCUCCAACCUCCUCUCAGGCACUGCCACCCUGGAUGUGGAGAAAAUCUUCCUGGCUGAGGUGACACCCUCAUCUCCCAGGGAAAAUGACAUUGCCCUGGUGAAGCUGCAGACCCCCCUGCGUGUCUCAGCCAACAGCAAGCCCAUCUGUCUGCCCUACUUCGACGAGGAGCUGGUGCCCAGAACACCCCUGUGGGUGAUUGGCUGGGGCUACACGGAGGAGCACGGCAAGCUGUCAGAGACCCUGCAGCAGGCAAAGGUGGAACUCAUCGACCAGGAGAGCUGCAACCUGGCUGCCUACCACGGGGAGGUCACCUCCAAGAUGCUGUGUGCUGGUCUGCCACAAGGAGGGGUGGACACCUGCCAGGGGGACAGCGGUGGGCCCCUCAUGUACUCGGGGGAGCGCUGGCAGGUGGUGGGCAUCGUCAGCUGGGGCCAGGGCUGCGGGACCCCCAGCACACCCGGUGUCUACACCAGUGUCCGUGCCUACCUUAACUGGAUCUCCACCGUCCGCAGGUCGGAGCUCUGAGACCUGCCGGGACAGGUCUGCCCCUCUCCCCAAGCCUCCUUCCCUGUCCCUCCAACACGUGGCUGUCUCAGCUCUGGCAGCAGCUGGGAAUUGGAUCCGCAGGCUCAAGAGUUGAGCGCUGCCUCCCCAACCCUCCUUGUUCAGCUGGGAUGCAGCAGCUCAGGGGCAGCCAAGGAGGACAAGGGUGGCUCGGAGUCAAUGGCCACCGACAGCGUGAAGGAAUCCGACCAGCUCGCACUCCCUUCCGGAAAGACAAUAAUUUAUUGCCCUGUGCUGCCCUUGCUAUGGCAGGAAGGCUCCUGUGGGGCUAAGCUGCUGUUUGCUCACUACUGUUAUACAGAGAGAAACGAUGUAUGUGCUGUAGAGUAUCCCCAUUAAAAGAAAAUAUUUGUUUUUACACACAGCCUCUGAAGGCUUUGCCCCUCU